ACACAGUCUCUGAUCUGCGGUUGACUCCAGGACAAAGAGGAGUUCCCAGAGGGCAUUAAUGAGUCUAAGAAAUUGAAUUCCCUCAGUCUGGAGUUUGGAUGUUAGACGAUCACUACACAGCAACAACACCCAGUGGACAGGCAGGCCUGUUCUCUGUAGCCCCAACAGACCACCAUGCUCAGCAGGUUGAAAAGGCUUGUAGGGGCCCCAGAGCCGCCCCCUGCCCCGGCUGCAGACCCUCCUCCGGCCUCAGAUCCACCAGCUAAGGAAGAAAAACCUCCUGAAAAGAAGGAUGAAAAUGAGCAGCCAAAGAAAGAGGAAGAAAAGAAAGAAGAAGAAAAGAAAGAGGACAAAAAAGAGGAGGGACAAAAAGAAGAAGCAAAGAAAGAGGAGGAGCCAAAGCCAGCUGCUCCUGCUGCUCCUGCUGCUGCUGCUGCUCCUGCUCCUGCUCCUGCUGCUGCUCCUCCUGCCGAUCCUGCCAAUCCAGAGGGUCUUGAGGGUGAACAAGCUGAACCUCCUCCUCCACCUGUUGUCUACUUCCGCUACACAGAUGAUACACUCAGAGAUGUGAUCAAAAGGUUAAGAGAACGGACAGAGAUGCUGAGAGAGAAAGCCAUAGACCCUUACGCCACUUCUCCAGAAAUCACCCCACCUGUCACACCUAUCAUGAAGAAGGAGGACUACAUCAGGCUGAAGGAGGAGGAGCGGAUAGCGAAAGAGGCAGCGGAUAAAAAGAAGGCAGAGGAGGCAGCGAAAAAGGCGGAGGAGAAGAAGAAGAAGGACGAGGAGAAGAGGCUGGAGGCUGAGAAGAAAGCGGAGGAGGAGAGGCUGGCGGAAGAGGCCAGGAAGAAAGCGAGGUUCCUCCCGGAAAUCAGCUGCUCCUGCUUUGACGUCCUCAUUCAGCCGAUCGAGGAAAUUAUGGACUCGACCAUUGGAACCACCAUAGAUCCUUUCACAGAUCGCCGCUACAUCGCCUGGUUGACCGUGGUAGCCGUGGCGUACAACUACAACGUUUGGUUUUGCUCGGCCCGGUUGGCGUUCCCUUACCAUAACGCAACUGCUAACCCCUUCUGGAUAGUUUUUGAUGUUCUCAGUGACUUAGUGAAUGUGAUUGACAUCGUCAUUUGGCAGCCCCGCCUUCAGUUUGUGAAAGCCGGCGACAUCAUAAAAGACCGAGGAAUGACAAAGGUUCACUAUCGGAAAUCACAACGGUUUAAGAUUGAUAUAUUCAGCAUCGUCCCCUUCGACAUUCUCUGUCUGCACUUUCAAUUCUCCACCAUCUACAGACUCAAUCGGUGGAUUAGGAUUGACUCAUUUUUUGAAUUCAGCGAUCGACUUGAGAGCAUCAUGGCCAAGGCUUACAUCUGGAGAGUGGCUCGCACCACAGGCUACCUGCUCUUCGUGCUCCAUCUCAACGCCUGCGUGUUCUACGUCGCCUCGGUUCACCAGGGCCUUGCGUCGACCACGUGGGUUUAUGACGGAAAGGGCACGGCGUACCUGCGUUGUUACUACUUCGCUGUCCGCAGCCUGAUCAACAUCGGGGGUCUUCCAGAGCCUGUGACCACCUUCGAGAUCACGUUUCAGAUGACAAACUUCUUCAUUGGUGUCUUUGUGUUCUCAAGUUUGAUUGGACAGAUGAGGGAUGUCAUUGGAGCAGCAACAGCAGGACAGACAUAUUUCCGGGCAUCGAUGGACGGCUGUGUUGCCUACAUGAACACUUAUACGAUCUCCAAGGUCGUCCAGAACAGAGUUCGCACCUGGUACAACUACACGUGGGCCGCACAGGGCAUGCUGGAUGAGUCCGAGCUCCUGGACAAGAUGCCUCUGGUGAUGAGAAUCGCCAUCGCCGUGGAUAUCAACCUGGCCACUUUUCAGAAGAUCGCACUGUUUCAGGGCUGUGACCAACAGAUGCUGGUGGACAUGUUGCUGAGGCUCAAGUCAAUCGUCUACCUACCUGGAGACUUUGUGGUGAAGAAAGGGGACAUCGGUAAAGAGAUGUACAUCAUCAAAGGUGGAGCGGUGCAGGUUGUGGGAGGACCUGACAACAGCAUUGUGUUUGUCACACUGAAGGCCGGCUGCGUGUUCGGAGAAAUCAGUUUACUCCAGUCUGCUAAAGACGGAGGGAACAGGCGCACCGCUAACGUCAAAGCACACGGCUUCGCCAACCUUUUCGUCCUGGAGAAGAAGGACCUGUUUGACAUCCUCGUCCACUACCCCGAGUCUCAGAAAGUGCUGGCCAGGAAGGGAAGGCAACUGCUCAGAGCCAAAGGUCCGGCAGCUGCUAAAACCGACGAGGAGAAGAAGAAAGGCCUGACUCUGUUUGGAACCAAACCGCAGACGCCCAAGCUGAUCAGAGCGUUCGCCGAAAUGCGUAAAAAAGGAGGCUUCUUGGAAAAACUCAGGAAAAGUGCAGCAGAGGCAAAGUGAGAACAGGACGUUUGAUGCCACAGAUCCACACUUUUACAAAUUUCCAUCAUUCUGUAUCAUCCACCUUUCAACCAUUGACUCAAAGGGACAGAUCUGCAAGCCAAAAGGAUUCUAGUUUUCAUGUGAUGCUCCUCGGCACACAUGAAACCAGGUUGCAGAGCUGAAACAGGACAUCUGUAGUUAUAAUCUAAUAAUGUUCACCUUCUUAACUUUGGUUUCUUGUCUUUAAUAGAGAAAGAAAUGUCUGUUAAGCCACAUGAUGCAGUUAAUAUUGUGUUUUAAGUGUGUAUAUUGUAAAUUAUGUGUAAUUUUUCCAUAUAAAAUGUAUUUAAAAGAAUAUUUUACUACAAAA